AUACCCAAGCAAAAACUAAAAACACAUUUACGAAAGGUAAUUUUUCUUAAGACACGUUCGUUUGGAGCUGUUCUUUAAAGGGCGACGCUCAACCAGCCUCUUACAGUCAAGAAACCUAACUGCAGAGAUGGCUUGCAAGAAUGAUAAAGGGUUCAUUAAAUUCCUGGAGGAAAGCAAAAACUUCACAGGUUAUGAUCCAAUGAAAGAAGCCCAAACUGAGGAGCUGAGAAAGUUAACUUUCACUCAAGGGAUGGUAACCCUUAUCAAAAGUGAAAUAGGGAACUUCUAUGAAGACCUUGGAGUACUUCUUGGAGUUCGUGAAGGUGACCUUGAUGACAUUGAGACUCGUUACUCAAGACCUACAGAAAAGGGAGGUGCUGUUCUUAGAAACUGGAAGGAUAGAGAGGGACCCCGAGCAACCGUGGGACGUCUUGAGACCGCCCUCAAUAGAUUGGGAAAGAAAAGGAUCGCAGUCAAGCUGCUAGAUAUUGCGGGGGAAGAAAAACGAACAGAAGACGGGUCAGAAGAGCAUCGAAAAACAUUUAGCAGUCCUUUCGAAGGUAUGAUUAAUAUUUACAGAGAUUUUACCUUUACACACUGUGAAUAA